UGCAACCGCCGGUCCCCGCCUCUUCGGGCCGCGCAGGCGCAGUCCCGCCUUCCCCCAACCCGGAAGUGCUCCUCGCUUCCCCCCGCCCCCUCCGGUUUGGUUCGUCCCAGAAUCCCCCGCGCCUUCCUUUCCGACCUGUGCCCGGGCAGGAUGGCUCCAGCAAAGAAAGGUGGAGAAAAGAAGAAGGGGAGAUCUGCCAUCAAUGAGGUGGUGACUAGGGAAUAUACCAUCAACAUUCACAAACGGAUCCAUGGAGUGGGAUUCAAGAAACGCGCCCCCCGUGCUCUCAAGGAGAUCCGUAAAUUUGCAAUGAAGGAGAUGGGUACUCCUGAUGUACGCAUUGACACCAGAUUGAAUAAAGCAGUCUGGGCCAAAGGGAUAAGGAAUGUUCCUUACCGCAUCCGUGUACGUUUAUCCAGAAAACGCAAUGAGGAUGAAGAUUCACCCAACAAACUAUACACGCUGGUUACCUAUGUACCUGUCACCACUUUCAAAAGUCUACAGACAGUCAAUGUGGAUGAAAACUAAACUGCUUUUCAAUACAAUAAAGUUAUAAAAGUGACACUUA